ACCACAAGAGCUGCACACAGCAGAGCUCCAGGAGAAGGACACUUGGUGCACAAGAAGGGGAUGGCAUCACCUAUGCUAGAGGAAGAAGCUCGUUAUGUUUCUAGCCCCUUAGCCAUGCUGACUGCUGCCUGCAACAAGUUUGGAGGCUCAAGCCCUAUGAGGGAUACUGCACCAUCAUCAAAAGGUGGCGGAAAAAAGACCUACAGUCCAAGUAAUGACUUCAGCGCCACAAAACUGAUGGGAGAUGGCUAUUCCUCUACAUAUUUGGGAGGAAGUAAUAUAAUGACACCAUGUGGGACACCACCAGCGCCUUCAAGUUAUGCAAGCGAUUACGGAUCCUUUUCCCAUUCUUUUUCCACUUCCUCAGGAUGUCAGGAACCCAAAAGUCUAUCAACAGCAGAUUGUGUUCCAGGGGUGUACACCUCUCUAGAUGUAGGACAUCCCUAUAGUUCUUGGUAUAAAAGUGGAAUCCAUCACCCACCAAUUUCCGGUUCACCCCCUGGCACAGGAGGAUCAUGGUGGGAUAUGCAUCCAAAUAGUAACUGGCUGGGCAACCAGUCACAAUCAGAAGGGCUGACUGCGUCUGUGCCACCUGUGACAAGUCAUACGGGCAUGAGCAACCAGUAUAGCUCUGAUUACACCACUCUGACAUCUGCAACCUAUCCUCCUGUGGGAUAUCAAUCUAUAUCGCCUUCAUCCAGUCCUUCUCCAUCUGCACAUCUGCUCUCGCCAUCCCAACACUCCUUAGGUCCUGACAUGUAUAAGCCAAAACUUAUGACAGCCAACCCAUUGCUUGAGGCACCAGGGUCACUAAAGCCCCAAAGAUCAUCUUAUGGAAAUUCUGGACGUCCAUCAUGUGACUGCCCGAACUGCCAGGAGCUCGAAAGGUUAGGAGCUUCUGCAGCAAGCCUGAAGAGGAAGCCUGUGCACAGCUGCCAUAUUCCAGGCUGCGGUAAAGUGUAUGGUAAAGCGUCACACCUCAAGGCUCACCUUCGAUGGCAUACAGGGGAAAGGCCUUUUGUCUGCAACUGGCUGUUCUGUGGCAAGCGAUUCACGCGCAGUGAUGAGCUUGAGCGCCAUGUACGCACCCACACACGUGAGAAGAAAUUCACAUGUCCUCUCUGUGCCAAAAGAUUCACACGCAGUGAUCACCUGAGUAAGCACCAGCGCAGUCACGUGGAGCAAAACGGCACAAAAGAAGGUCCCAUUCAAGGAGAUGGUGGAGGAGCAGCUGUGGAGGUCCCUGGAGAGGAAGGAUCUGGACAAGCUGAGGCGUCCCCUGUUGGUGGUAGUCAGGAUCGGGCAUCUAGUAGUCCAGGCCAGGGUGGGUUACUAGAAAUAUGA